GAUCUACCUCAGUCUAUAUUGUUAGCACCCAGCAAAAAUCUUACUUUGACUUUACUUUUAAUUAUUUAUGACAACAAUGUACAUUGUAUAUUUUCUACAUUCACCCUGAUUUUCUAUCUAUUUCUCUCUACUGAAAGAACUAAUUGUACUCUUAUCAUUGACGUUUGUCACUAGACACAACCAAAUUCCAGUGUACCCACUGCCUGGAGGAGUUUAUGCAAAAAGAGAAAGCUCUGCAACAUAGUUCUUCCUUGGAAUGCCUUUCAAGACAGUUCCGAUGUGACACAUGCACUCAAGAGUUCAGAAAUGCUUUUGUACUCCAGAGGCACAGAUGUGGAGGGAAGCCAAAGUGCAAGAUUUGUGACGAAGGGUUUCAGGAGUGGAAACAAUUACAAGAUCACGAGAGUGCUCCACCAGAAGAUCACCAACCAAAGUGUGUUAGCUGUGAUAUGCAGUUUCAAACUCUGAAAGAAAAGCAAUACCAUGUCCGUUCAAAGCACGGGCCACCUGUGACAGCGGAAGAGUGUCCCAUCUGCCACAAGACCUACAACAAAGUGUACCUCAAGGAACAUCUGACGACUCAUCAAGAGAGCGAUGCGCUAAAAUGCAAAGAGUGUGGCAAGAAGUUUUCUUCCAAAAGCAACUUAAAUAAACAUGGUAAAAAGCACUUGCCGGGUUAUGUUCCAGUCAAGGAUAAGCUACGAGAGAAGAAAUACAGCUGUUCAGAUUGUGGCAAAAGAUUCGACUCCAUGCAUGGCCUGGAGAGCCACCAGAGAAGCCACACGGGAGAGAGGCCCUUUGAGUGCGACCAAUGCUCGUGGAAAUUCACUCAGAAAACCCAUCUAAACCGACACAUCAGGACCGUUCAUGAUAAGGUCCCUAGAGUGCGCCAUUCAGAAGGCUCCAAUGCACCUGUCGUGUGUGACGUCUGUAACAAAGUGUACGUCAGUAAUCGUGUCUUGACGGUCCACAUACAAUCCGUGCACGAGGGACUGCGACCAUACAAAUGUGAAUAUUGUGAUGCGACAUACACUCAGCGAGGCCACCUUUGGCGACACAAGCAUGCAAGUCAUUACGAGAAAGAAGAGGUGCAAAAGAAGUAUACCAGCGACAAGUUUAUCUGCAACUUUGAUGGGUGCAUGGUGACAUUUGACACCCAACCAGAGCUAGUGGAGCACGUGAAGACACACACUACAGACAAAGCGUGUAUGUGCAAUGAAUGUGGAGCAACAUUCGUUUCACUGCCGAAUCUGGCCAAGCACACGAGGAGGAGACAUGGCGAUCAGGCACCUCCAACGUACAAGGGAUAUCGCUGCGAGAAGUGCGACAAAACGUUCCUUACCAGUUACCAGCUUGUGGUACAUUUCAGGGGUCAUACUGGAGAAAAACCAUAUAAAUGUGAUUUAUGUGGCAAAUACUUUGUUCAGAAGUCUGGCUUGAGGAAGCAUAUCAGAUGUAAACGCUGUCCAAUGGUAGAAGGUCGACCUAUCAACCCCAGGAUAGCCAAGAAAUAUGCUUGUCAACACUGUGACAAAAUGUUCCCAGGCCCCUCGGACUUGAAAUCACACUUGCGGACUCACACAGGAGAGAAGCCAUAUCAGUGCACUGUCUGUCAAAAGGGUUUCAGCCAACCAGGGAACCUGACUAAACACGUAAGGUUUGUCCACAACAAAGAGCAGCGCCCCAAGGAGAGAAUGCGAGAGAAGAAAUUUUUCUGCAGCUUGUGCGGCAAAGCUUUCCUGUGUCCAAGCAGCCUCGCCAUGCACUGUCGCACGCACACUGGUGACAAACCUUUUUCAUGUCAGCAUUGUGGACAGGGAUUCGCUCAGGCAGGAAACCUUAAAAAGCACCUCAAGCGCUGGCACCAAGAUGGUGCUGAAGGAAGAUCAAGGUAUGUGAGAACUGGUGCACUUUUAUUUUCUAACGCUAGAUGUAAACGCUGUCCAAUGGUAGAAGGUCGACCUAUCAACCCCAGGAUAGCCAAGAAAUAUGCUUGUCAACACUGUGACAAAAUGUUCCCAGGCCCCUCGGACUUGAAAUCACACUUGCGGACUCACACAGGAGAGAAGCCAUAUCAGUGCACUGUCUGUCAAAAGGGUUUCAGCCAACCAGGGAACCUGACUAAACACGUAAGGUUUGUCCACAACAAAGAGCAGCGCCCCAAGGAGAGAAUGCGAGAGAAGAAAUUUUUCUGCAGCUUGUGCGGCAAAGCUUUCCUGUGUCCAAGCAGCCUCGCCAUGCACUGUCGCACGCACACUGGUGACAAACCUUUUUCAUGUCAGCAUUGUGGACAGGGAUUCGCUCAGGCAGGAAACCUUAAAAAGCACCUCAAGCGCUGGCACCAAGAUGGUGCUGAAGGAAGAUCAAGGCGGAAAAAGGGAAAAGGAAAGAACGCUGGCACUGAAUCGCGCGAGACCGAAGAAGUUCCCCAGGACAGUCGAGAUGAGACAGGGGAAAGCGAAUCCAGUCAAACAGUCACUAACGAUACGUCUAAUGACGGGGUACAUGAAGGCACUAGUGAAAGUACGCGUGCCGCUAGCAGGGUAGCUCCCUUGGCUCAUGCAAGUUCUCAGACAUCUUUGGUUGGCUGCACGCCUCUCAAUACCCCGAACCAUUUUUACGGAACAACACCUUUGAACACAGUCGCUACUAGUUCCCUGACCAGCACUCCUGCUCAGAGAAUGCCAGUUGUAUUGGGGUUCGUUGGCAGCCCUGUACAACAUCCCAUCAGUGUGCAGAGUUCGCAGUCAUCUCCAAGCCCCUCUGUGAUUGGACCUUCCGGGAGAAUCCGAGGGACAUCUUCAUUUGGGGCUGGCGAAGGAAACAGUCCUGUGCACAGAAAUAUGAACAUUUCGUCAGGAAUUGCUUUGAAUUCGCAAGCUGGAAACUCACAGGGAAGUAACCUGAGUACCAUCUCUGCACAGCAGCUUCAACAAGUGGUCAUCUCCAGAAUGCUGGCUCCCAUAGCUUCCGAGAGUACAGAGACCGCGUUUGUUCCCCCUAACAUAGCAGGGGGCCCCGCUAACGCUAACCCCCCACCCCGAGCUUCCAUCCUUCUUCCGCACGUACAUUCCCUGCUUAAUCCCCCUGGGAUCAAUCCUACUGGCGGCGAGGUAGCAGUAUGGCCCUUUGCACCUAGCACCAACCUAUAUCAACAGUAAGAUGUGAACAGUCACGCCAGAACAGUCACGCCAGUUAUGUUUACUCCCCAUAGAUAAGUGCCGGAACCUAGACUGCUGGCAGUCUCUUUUUCUCUCAAAAUCAAUCAGGGAGUAUGAAGCGAGAAGGGAUUGGAACCAGACACGGACGCGGCGACCCCUUCUUAUCCAAUCGCGUUCGCGGAAAUGCACACUCCUCUGACCGUAAGAGAAACGAACUGCUGCAAGCAGUCUAGCCAGAGUCACGCAAUAUGUUGUCACGUCCAGGAAUUGUCAACUACGGCUGUUGAAGAUGAGAGAAGACAUAGUGUUAGGUUGUUGGUUUCUAAACUUUUUAAAGUGAUCUUGUGCUGUCAGUUUUUUACCCCAUGCUAUAAACAGCGCCCGUUGUUGUUUUUCUUGGCGUAAAGUCACUACAAUUAUAACAAAGUUAUGGACUUGUACAAUAAUCAAACGCUAAUUGUGUCGAGUAGUUACUUGGGUAUCAGGAGAUAAUGUCAGUAGAGGUAAAGCGCAGAGCUUUCGUAUUUUUAGCUAGUAUGCCAGUCGAUCUGGCCUAUUUCAGGUAGAUGACAAAACGUUUAUCAGGUCUAAUCACUUAUUUUCUUGUUGAUUUAUGUGAGUGCCAGCAAUGACCCGUUCGUUAUAGUGCGGAACUUUACGAGCAAUACUUUCCUUUGAAAUUAGUGCUUCCAUGGUGAUAUUUAACCUUUAUAGCAUGGGUGGUUGCGGCGCGACAUUUCAUACCGCGUUAACUCGCACGCUGCCACGCGUUUGAUGCGUGUCACAUGCUAUGCAAGAGUGACAUGCUACACUUCACUAGUUUCUUGAGUUGAUUUAAGAGAGUAAAGAACUAUUAAACUACUUUAUGAUCAGCCUAUCGCAUUUACAUUUAAGUGGUAACUGAAAUUUGAUUUUGUUUACUUAUAGUUGUGAAUGGACUUUAUAAAGCAAGAGAGAUUGAAGCCGGGCUUCACGCUCUCUUGAUAAAGAUAAAAGAAACUAAAAACUGUGGUUUUAAGGUUAACAAUACUUUGAUCAUGUAAUUGAAAAGAACUGGAAAUGAAUUAAACAGCAGUUGUGUACGCGCCAUAGUUU